AUGCUUUCUUUCUUUCUUUCUUUUUCUAUUUCACCAUUUCUUUCUUUGUUAGUUUCUUUCUUUCUUUCUUUCUUUCUUAAUUUCUUUCUUUCUUUCUUUCUUUGGACAUUAGUUCGUUCUUUCUUUCAUUUACUUUUCUAUCUGCAUUUCUUUCUUCUGAUCAUUAUUCCUUUCUUUUCUUCUUUCUUUCUUUUUCUUUCUUCUUUCUUUCUUUUUCUUUCUUCCUUUCUUCUUUUCUUUCUUUCUUCUUUUCUUUCUUUCUUUCUUUUUAUCUACCUUUAUUUUGCCUUCCAUCAUCACAAAUACAUUUUUUUUAAAUUCAUAACUGUUCCUUCCUUUUUUGUUCCUGUAACACAAAAACACGCUUAUACGCACACCCGUACACUUACACACAUCUACGUUCCUUAUCUAUCUAUCUAUCCAUCUAUCUAUCUAUCUAUCUAUCUAUCUAUCUAUCUAUCUAUCUAUCUAUCUAUCUAUCUAUCUAUCAAUGACAGUCUUCUGAUCAUUAUCUAUCUAUCUAUCUAUCUCCGUCUCUUCAUUAUCUAUCUAUCUAUCUAUCUAUCUAUCUAUCUAUCUAUCUAUCACCAUGUUCAUAUCUUUGUGUCUAUCUAUCUAUCUAUCUAUCUAUCUAUCUAUGACAGUCUGUUUAUAUCUAUCUAUCUAUCUAUCUAUCUAUCUAUCUAUCUAUCUAUCUAUCUCAGGCUGAUCAUUAUCUAUCUAUCUAUCUAUCUAUCUAUCUAUCUAUCUAUCUAUCUAUCUCCGUCUCUUCAUUAUCUAUCUAUCUAUCUAUCUAUCUAUCUAUCUAUCUAUCUAUGUCAGUCUCUCCAUAUCUAUCUAUCUAUCUAUCUAUCUAUCUAUCUAUCUAUCUAUCUAUCUAUCUAUCUAUCUCAGUCUGAUCAUUAUCUAUCUAUCUAUCUAUCUAUCUAUCUAUCUAUCUAUCUCCAUCUCUUCAUUAUCUAUCUAUCUAUCUAUCUAUCUAUCUAUCACCAUGUUCAUAUGUUUGUGUCUAUCUAUCUAUCUAUCUAUCUAUCUAUCUAUCUAUCUAUCUAUCUAUCUAUCUAUCUAUCUAUCUAUCUAUCUCCGUCUCUUCAUUAUCUAUCUAUCUGUCUAUCUAUCUAUCUCCGUCUCUUCAUUAUCUAUCUAUCUGUCUAUCUAUCUAUCUAUCUAUCUAUCUCCGUCUCUUCAUUAUCUAUCUAUCUAUCUAUCUAUCUAUCUAUCUAUCUAUCUAUCUUAUUCUCUUCUUAUCUAUUUAUCUAUCGAUUAUUUUGUUCUUAUUUCUCGAUUGAUCGAUCGACCUAUCUAGACCUGUUCAUAUUUAUCUGUUUAUCUUGUACUAUUGUUCAUAUCUAUCUUAUUCUUUUUUCAUCUAUCAAUCUAUCUAUCAAUCUAUCGAGCGAUCUCACAGCCAGUUCAUAUCUAUCUAUUUAUCUAUCUAUCUUAUUCUGUUUUCAUUUGUCUAUAAAUCUAUCGAUCUGUCUAUUACAACUUGUUAAUAUCUAUCUAUCUAUCUAUCUAUCUAUCUAUCUAUCUAUCUAUCUAUCCUAUUCUAUUCUAUUAUUAUCUAGCUAUCAAUCUAUCAAUCGAACGAUCGAUCUGUCUCAACCUGUUCAUACCUCUAUCGGUAGAUCGAUCCAGCGAAUGACUUUCAUAUAUUUGCCGACUACUCGUUUCCAAUCACCUACGUCAGCUAAUGUGGCUAGCGAAUCCAUGUUGAAGACGCAUUCUCAGACGCAUUUGGGUUACUCUGACAUACUGAAAGCCCAAGUGAGUUAUAUUACAAGCCCCACUUCCUUGUUAUAA